GGCGCUGCGGCUGCUGGGCCCGGCGGCGCGGCGGGCGGCGGGAGGGGUUCCGUGCCGGGCUCACCGCCUCAUACCGGCAGACGAUGAGCUGUACCAGCGGACACGGGUGACCGUGCUGGAGCCGGAGUCCCCCAACACCAUGUUCAUCCAGGGCUACACCAGCCGCGGCUUCACCAUCAACGGGGACGUGGUGGUGGGGCCCUGCGCCAUCCUGCCCCGCGCCAUCCUCCAGUGGAACGUUGGCUCCUACAGGGACAUCUCGCACGAGAGUCUGUCGCUGUUCCGGCUGCUGGAGCCCCACAUAGAGAUCCUGGUGCUGGGCACGGGAGACAGGGUGGAGCGGCUCCACCCCACCUUGCUGAAGCAGAUGCAGGAGUGCAGGAUCGCUGUGGAGGUGCAGGACACGCCAAAUGCAUGUGCAACCUUCAACUUCCUGACGAGUGAAAAGCGCAUGGUAGCUGCUGGGCUCAUCCCUCCGCAGGGCACCUACAGGGCGUUGUAAGUGCUGCCUGCCAUGGCCACGGGCCGAGCAGCUCUUCCCUUGCCUGCCUGAACCCCCAGAGCGUCACUGCUCCUGCUGGAGAAACGCUUUGGACUAAACUGUCGAAGCUGCUGGCUGGAUGGUGGCGCUGCACACACAGGAGGGUGUUGUGAAACACGUAGGCUCGGCUCUGCCCUGAAGUCCCUCUGGCUUCUCAGCCUCCUUUGCCUGGCCCAGGCUGGGGGCUGCGGGGCACGGCCCAAGGCAGGAGCGUUGCUGGCAGCACCGCACCCACAGCCCUGCCAAGGUGGUGCCUGGUGCCUCAGCAGCAAGAAGCUGUCGCCCUGAGGCAGGGCGGAGGCUGCUGGGGUGAGCUGUACAUCCCCUCCAGGCACGUUUGGGGCUCCACAAGGAAAAUACACAUAGAUUGGAAGCACAAAGCAACUGCGUGGUGGUUAAUGCGCAGCAGAGCGAGGCUGCAACGCGCCAAUGAUGACACCUGCCAGCAGCUCCCUGGGCACAGCUGGCACCAGCAACUGGUGUGUCCCAGCUGGCACUGGCCUGCUCCUGCUCUCCUGCAGGGUUUUGUGUCCCUCAUGCUGCGCCACGUCUCCCUGCAGGCUCAGCAAAAGCAGGGGACAGGGAGAGGGUCAGCGGCCUGUCCCCACCUUGCACCCACUUGUGGUCACAGAUGCCACCCUGGGGCUGGGGUAGGGGUUACACGUACCUAAUUGCAGGCUUGUGCCCCAAACCCUGCCACCUCUGUGGGCCCAAGGACGGCGGGGGGGAUGUGGCUGCAGUCCCCAGCCCGGAGUCAGGCUCUGGGGUAGCUUUGCUUUAUGAGUGAGCUGUAUUAAUGAAUGUUUGACACUGACACGAUUUUGUUGUAAUUCAAGGCUCUGGUUUUAGCAUGUGUAAAUCUAAUUUGACAUCA